UCUCCUUCGCUUUGGUUGGUUGGUUGGGUGCGCUGCCGUUUAUCGUGCUUCAUGAUUUUAUAAAGAUUUUUCGUUAAUCAAUUAUAAUAUCCUUAUCUGUAAUUCUGCAUCGGUUUGUUAUAUGUGUUCAUAGUGAUAUUUUACUGUGCAUGGUAAUCAAUGCUGCUGUGCACUGAAUAUGGCUGACGAAAGACUAGUGGUCCUAAACCGUAGUGAUAAUUUGGGAUUUGGAUUCUCACUGCUCGGCGAAGCCGGUUUGCCACACAUUAUAUACGAAAUCGAAGAAAACUCUCCUGCGGCUCGUAGCGGCGAGGUGGAGGCUGGAGACGUAUUGCUCAAGGUCAAUGGGACUGACGUGAACCGGUUCACCACACGAGAAGUUUUAAAAUGUUUGCGACUAUCGUCGGAUCCCGUCACUUUAAGACUGAAAAAGGACCCACAGAUCAAAGCGAACGUGAGGCGGUACUUGUCGUCCGGCGAGCGGCGGACGAGCGGACCGCGAACAAAUCAGGAUAAAAACUCACCACCCUCCAGCAAAUCAAGCAAAUCCUCCAACAGCAACUCAUCGAGCAACUCCUCAAGCAACGGGUCGGGCGUGCAAUCGGGCGACAGUUGCGAAGCCCUCCUAACCGAGAACCGCGUGGAACGGCGGCCUCGGGCGAACCAGCCCAAGUUCGAGGCCUACAUGAUGACGGGGGAUCUCAUGCUCAACCUGUCGAGGGUUGAGCAUCCACACCACAACAACCAUGUGCCUAUGCACCGGACACAUUACCAUAGGUACAAUUCGACGCCAGCAUCACCAAUAGAAAGCCGGUUAGGCGGGCGGGAGGUCACACAGCGGCACAACUCCUCGCCCGACACCGGCCUAUUGGGAGACCACUCCAACAAAUUAUAUAGUUCCCAACCCGCGUCGCCGGCUAGCGGCACGACCGGCGCCGAGCUGCCGGCGCGUGCGCCGCUUGCCGUGCGGACGUCGCGCUCUGAGGACCAUCUACAGAAGGAGUCUUCCCUGAGUGCGGUAGCAGUAGACAUGGAAGAAGACGUGACGUCAUCACUCAAUACGUUGCUAGACGCGCGGCCCGACUCGGCCACGCCCGGCCCUCGUUCAGAAUCGGACCCCGUCCGUGACAGCAGGAUCGUGUGGACCUACAACGCGCCUGUCUCAUCGGCGUCAGAGCGGACACACUGCAACGGCUCUGGACACACUUCAAACUCCACCUCCAUCUCUGACGGCAUGUCACAGAGAUCGUCGUCGCCCGCGUCGCCGACGUCCGCGUCGUCGUCGGCGAUGUCGUCGCGCGCCACGCCGCCGCACCGCGCGCACCAGCACCAGCACCAGCCGCACAUCAACCACCGCCCGCUCAACGGCGACAUGAGUCUCUCCGAAGCCGUCUCAAACAUCUCCAGCCCCGACUACCAAGACCAAGACGACAUGUUCGAGACAGGCCGCGAGUGUCCCAGGAUGGAGCUCUCGGACCCCUCGGACUCCGACUCCACCAUACUAGUCUCCGAACCUUGCCAUAAGAGGGCCAAAUCUAACUCGAACGACCAUGGAAGCGAUGUCACGUUGAACGGGGAUAACAAUGAUUAUAGAAUAGUAAUACAGGUCAAAGGGCCGGAUAAAGGAGGAAACGCGGAGAAUGUAAAUAAUAAUAAUAGUUACGCGAAUGGAAAGGAGAAUGGACAUUUACCGGAGAAUCAGGGAUAUCAGGAACUGUGCAGCGGCUCGGACGUGGGUUCGGACGAGGGUUCGGACGUGGAGUCGCUGCACUCCUUCCACUACAGCCCCAAAGCCGUCGACAUCCCCUCCGCUGAGCGCCUCGCCAAACGGCUCUACCACCUCGAUGGAUUUAAAAAGUCGGAUGUGUCCCGGCAUUUAAGCAAAAACAACGAGUUUUCUCGCGCCGUGGCCGAGGAGUACGUGAAGCACUUCGACUUCGCGGGCGCGACGCUCGACGCGGCGCUGCGAGAAUUUCUCGCGAGGUUCGCGCUCAGCGGCGAGACGCAGGAGCGCGAGCGUGUUCUGGUGCACUUCUCGCGCCGGUAUCUAGAGUGUAACCCGGGCUCCUUCAACUCGCAAGACGCGGUGCACACCCUAACAUGCGCGAUAAUGCUCCUCAACACCGACCUGCACGGUCUCGCAUCCGGCGGCGCGUUCCGGCGGAUGUCCUGCGCGGAGUUUGUGGACAACCUCGCCGAGCUCAACGACGGCGAGAAUUUCCCGCGCGACACCCUCAAGCAUCUCUACCACGCCAUCCGGACACAGCCGCUGCAGUGGGCACUUGACACAGACACGCCAGCCGCGGCAGCGACGGCGGGAGCGGGCGCGGAAGCGACUCGCGCCGGCGCCAAUCCGUUCCUAGACGUGCCCGAUCAAUCGAGAGCGGUUGAAUACAAGAAGGGCUACGUCAUGAGGAAAUGCUGCGUCGACCCCAAUGGCAAGAAAACUCCGUUCGGCCGGCGGGGUUGGAAGAUGUUCUACUGCACGCUGCGGGAUCUCGUGCUGUUCCUACAUAAAGACGAGCACGGGUUCCGACGCGGACAGAUGUCCGACAAUCUACACAAUGCUAUUAGAAUACACCACGCCCUAGCGACGAAAGCGACGGACUACACAAAAAAACAGCACGUUUUCAGAUUGCAAACGGCGGACCAGGCCGAAUAUCUCUUCCAGACGAGCGACUCAAAGGAGCUGUGUUCGUGGGUCGAGACGAUCAAUUUCGUGUGCGCCGCGUACUCCGCGCCGCCGCUGGCCGGCGCCGUGGGCUCCCAGCGCAAGUUCCAGCGCCCGCUGCUGCCCUGCUCGCACACCAGGCUCUCCAUGCGUGAGCAACUAGCAGAGCAUGAAGAGCGAGCGGCGCGUUUAGAAGAAGAGUUGGCAGCGCUCAGGCACGCGCGCGAAGGACCAGCCAACAGGGACAAGGACCUCUACUUGCAGUAUGAGGUGAAGCGGUACCGCACGUACGCGGCCGUGAUGCACUUGCGCGCGGGCGGCGCGAGCGCGGAGGCCGCCGCGCCCGCGCUGCCGGCGCGCGCCCCGCCCCCGCCCGAGCGCGCGCCGCCGCCCUGA